AUGUCUCGAGCUCUGCGCGCAUCUCGUCAGAGCGCUGACGAUGUGGCAGCGGGAUUUUAUGCAUUCCGUGAUCCUCUUCCAGAACAUGCGGGCGAGAUCGCAUCGCUCAUGUCCGAGUUAUUCGCAAUCAGCGCAUCGUUAUCUAGCUUGGAGCGUUUAGCUGAAUCUCCCAGAGAUCGCCGUGCUUUUACAAUGAUCAAAUCAGAUUUGAACGUGGUGCAAGCCAGUUACGCAUAUACAAUCGAGGAUAUCGGCGAUAUUUUUAGAGGUCUCGAUGGCGGCGCAGAUGCUAGUUCUAUGAGCUACGAGCGCACAUGGAGAACUAUGAACCGGUUUUUUUGGGAUCAAUCACAGUAUUCCCUCGCAACCCGCCUAGCCAAGUAUAAGACGGUCUUUAAAGAGUUUGAUGACUUGGUAAGAGAUGGCCAAUAUAAUUCCCCGCUCCUCGCGGGACUCGUCAAUGGUUUCAAGUCUUUACUCUCAAUACAAGACGGCCGCUUUGCUGCUCGCUUUGAAGGCAUGACGCUCCGCCCGAAUGACUCACCUAUCGGUAACCGCUCGAGACCCCCCAGCCCGGCGAGGGACCGUCCGGCAAGGGACCGCCCAAUGAGGGAUCAUGCAGUAAGGGACCAUCCAGUGAGGGACCACCCAGUGAGGGAUCACCUAGCGAAUGACCGGAAUGCACGACGGCGGAGAUCAUACGAGCGCACUCGACCCCCGCAUCUGUCUCUUCCACCGAUGUCGCCUUCUUCGGGCACUUCCUCGGAUUUCCCACCAUCUAUACCGGAUAUCCCUACCUCGCCGGAUACUUCUACUACUAGCCGUUCGAGUGCCCCUGAUAUUAUCAAAGAACACUGGGCUAAGGAUACAUUCAGGUCUGGUAGCACCAGUACUCCUCUACCAUCCGUGAGGGAAAGAUCCCUGAACGAUGAGUCUGAUAUGCGCGUGUCCUUUUACUUAAGGAGAAGAGACUAUCGCGUCCGUAUCCUUUGCAGGGAGCCCCACCGGACGGGGCCUAGUGACUACUACUGCUUGCCGCUUAACCUACUUGAAGUCUUGCGAGAAGGCUCUUGUCUCCGACUGUGCAGGCGGCGGAAUCGUGGAACAGAGCUUGUUUUAUGGACCCAAUUGAAGUUCACCACAUUGGAGGAUCUGGUGCUAUUCCAUAACACAUUUCUUGCCUUGCGUUCCCAGGAUGCAGGCCACCCUGUCGGGGAAAUUUUAGACCACGAGCUGGACGACGAAGAUGAAUGCUUUGGGGGUACAAUCGUAGAUGAUGAAUAUGUUCAUGCGCUACGCGUAUACAAAGACUUGGUGACUGGAGCCGUAAGACUCCAGGCAUCGGUCCACCGAGGAGAGAUGAACCAUACACCCGUCUGGACUGCGUUCGUUACCCACAACCUUCAGAAACAUAGUUGGCUUAGGCAAUAUGAUUCUAGAACGGUAGUUGUCCGUGAUAUCAAGCCCAUAACCUUUAUAUCUAUGGAUGAUUAUACACCCCCGCAGACUUCACAAGGGCAUCAUGUCCUGAAGUUUGAAAGCUCUUCUGAUGCUAGGAUGUUCUUGGAUAUCAUGGAUGAAAUGGGCGAUUGA